CAGGCAUAGUGGAACAGGGAAUGUUUAACGAUGGAGGGUGGAACUAGGAAGCCGUUGAGAACGGAUGAACCUAUUUGGAUAAUCCUAAAAAGGAAUUGUGAUUCUUGAUUUGGCCCUGGAGGUACGUAGAGGUCGGUUAAACCACAGCGAUGAAUGAAUGCUGCAGAAGCAGAGCACGGCUGUUUUCAGCAGCGGCGACGCUGCAGCGGGAUUAGCCUCUGUAGGCUGCUUAAUAGCUCUCACCGUGGCCGGGACGGCUUUGUACCCAAGGCGCUGCGACCCUCCUCCCGUCCCGCGGCCGACAGGUGUACGCUACGAGCUCCGCAGCUUGCACCCUGUAAUCCACGACCAGGUUGCCCCUAUGGAUCGCUUCAAUGGAUGUCUCCAAACCCACUUUUGACAACAGCCCGAGUCCCAGCGCAGGGUACGUUUCCUCUCCUCCAGAUGGUACGGAAAAAGAAGCGUUCUGUUGGCCGGAGAAUGGCACUGUCACGGAGGCUGUCAGUGAGACCGUCGCUGCCCCAGCAGGGGGACCGGGAGCACCGGGCCUCUCCGGCUACUGGACUGCAGUGUUCGACUAUGAUGCCGGAGCGGAAGACGAGCUCAGCCUGCGGAAGGGGGACCUGGUGGAGGUGCUGUCGAAGGACUCUUUAGUGUCCGGGGACGAGGGCUGGUGGACGGGGAUGAUCGAGGACCGGGUCGGCAUCUUCCCAAGCAAUUAUGUUAGUAUUGGGAAUGGCUUCUCCGAGAAGAUGCGGGACAGGGACACGUCAGCGGAGGAGUACCCUGAUUACUGCGUACCUCCACUGCAUAUGCUGGAGGUGGACUUCUCAGAGCUCACCCUGGAGGAGAUCAUUGGAGUGGGGGGCUUUGGGAAGGUGUACCGUGCCGUUUGGCGGGGGACUGAGGUGGCAGUGAAGGCUGCGAGGCGGGACCCAGACGAGGAGGAGGGACAGACCCUGGAGAGUGUCCGCCAGGAGGCCAAGCUGUUCGCCAUGCUGCGCCACCCCAACAUCAUGGCCCUGCUUGGGGUGUGUCUCCAGGAACCGACUCUAUGUCUGGUGAUGGAAUUCGCCCGUGGAGGACCACUGAACCGAGCGUUGUCAGGGAAACGUAUCCCACCAUGUACCCUGGUAGACUGGGCUGUUCAGAUCGCCCGGGCCAUGCAGUACCUUCACUGUGAAGCCAUUGUCCCCAUCAUACACAGAGACCUCAAGUCCAGCAACAUUCUGAUCCUAGAGAAGGUAGAGAUGGAGGAUCUGAGCAACAAGACGCUGAAGAUCACAGACUUUGGCCUGGCGAGGGAGUGGCACCGCACCACCAAGAUGUCUGCUGCCGGCACCUAUGCCUGGAUGGCGCCUGAGGUCAUCCGUUCCUCCACCUUCUCCAAGGGAAGCGAUGUCUGGAGUUACGGUGUCCUUCUAUGGGAGCUGCUCACAGGCGAGGUUCCGUUCAGGGGCAUUGAUUGUCUCGCGGUGGCCUAUGGAGUGGCCAUGAACAAGCUAGCAUUGCCCAUCCCCUCCACCUGCCCAGAACCUUUUGCACGUCUUAUGGAAGACUGCUGGAGUCCAGACCCCCACAUGCGGCCUCUCUUCACCAGCAUCCUGGACCAGCUCACGACUAUAGAGGAGUCGGGAUUCUUUGAGAUGCCGGCCGAGUCCUUCCACUCCUUGCAGGACGACUGGAAAAUGGAGAUCCAGGAGAUGUUCGACCAGCUCAGGGUCAAGGAAAAGGAGUUGCGUUCAUGGGAGGAGGAACUGAGUCGGGCAGCGUUGCAGCAGAAAAGUCAGGAGGAGGCACUGAGGAGGAGGGAGCAGGAGCUGGCGGAGAGGGAAAUCCACAUCCUGGAGAGGGAGCUGAACGUCAUCAUCCACCAGCUGUACCAGGACAAACCCCGCGUAGAGAGCAGGCAGGGCAAAUUUCGACGCUCGCGCCUCAAACUAAAAGAUGGCAACAGGAUCAGCCUGCCCUCAGAUUUCCAGCACAAGAUCACAGUGCAGGCUUCUCCGUCACACGACCGACGCAAGAGUUUACUGGGCAGCAUCUCCAGCCCACCAACAAGUCCCCAGGCCCCACUGCUACCACGCCUAAGAGCCAUCCAGCUAACCCCUGGAGGAGAAGGGAGUAAAGGGUGGGGUCGGCUGGAGGAAGAAGAGGAGAAGAGAGGCUCCCGGAAGAAAGGACGGACCAGGGGCUCCCACAGAGAGCACAGUGCAGAUGAGAGCGUAAAGGUUCCUCCGGAGGGAAGCCGGCAGAGAUCCUGUAGUGCCCCAAACCUGCGCAGGUCCCCACGAAACAGCCCUGCUGUACCAGGGGUACCCAGCCUCACUGAGAUGGAAAACGAAGACUGCUGCUACACCACAGAACAGGAGGUAGAGGAAAAGGCAUCCCCAAGCCAAUCCUACCUCUGCAUCCCCUUCCACAGGGAGGGGUCUAUUGCUGACGGUAAUGAAGGUGGAGCUGGAGGGGAGUACUGCCCCAGUAACCAUAGCAUCCCAGCGCCGGACACGCCCCCCAGUAGGAGGAGUCCUGGUGGGCAAGGUCGGGGGAGGUCAGAGCUGGCACUGCUAGGCUGCAGCGCCUUGUUGGCCGCAGUGGGACUGGGUUUCAAUAUGAUGACUCUGGCCCAGCCUGGCAAUAGCUCCGGAUCUAGUACUGAGGGGCCCGGGGAAGGCAGCAAACACCCUCGCUGGGAGGGGUUCUUCCACCGGACAGGAUCAGGGGGCCAGAGGCGCAGCACCAGUCCCCCAACACGGAAGCUGUUUAGACGGGGAGGUGACAAGGAGAGCCCCCUGAAGCACUCGGCAACCCCAGCGGUAGAGCGGGUGGGCAGCGGAAUGUUCCCCGCCUCCCUCACGCUGCUGUCUCUGUCGUCUGUGUCGGACUGCGCCUCGACGCGCUCUCUGUUGCGGUCGGACAGUGAGGAGUUAUUGGUCUACCGCUCUGCCUCUCCUCAGGCCCCUGUCCAGGCUCCUGCCCCGCCCCAGCUCCGACACAACGCACCUUUUAACCCCCAGCCACUACUCCAGAAUGCCCCGCUCAACCCCUUGGUCAACACACACCUGGAGAGCUUCAAGCGUCACCCACGGCAGUCCCUCACCCCGACCCAUCUCCCCUCCGCCCUGCCCUCCUCUCGCAGCCUACACCGGACCCCCUCUGACGGAGCUAUCAAGACACGUUCCACGCCGACCCACGUCCAGCCUUUACUCUUGCCCAUCAGAGCAACUCUGGACUCCAAAGCUGGAGGUUUCAGGGGAAUAAGAGAUGAUGUAACUGAAGUUCCCCGGCUGCCAGAUCCAAAUCUGGUAUUUCCCCCCACGCCUCGACGUCGCUGCCCUCCCGAACGACCAAAAACCCUGGACUUCCUGGUUAGGCCACGCCCUUCACCCAGGGUGCGCUGUGACGUCUUUCUGGGCAACUCACCUGGGAGGGGCAGAGGAGCGGGGCAGGGCCUGGGAGAUUCCCCCGCCCACACCACUAGUACAGACACCCCACCUACGGUGGAGUUUGGCCGGGACAUGACCACACUACCUACGCCCCUGGAGGCGCCAACGCCCUCCCCUAGGAGAGUACACAGUCUGGAGGCGCCGACGCCCUCCCCAAGGAGAGGACACAGUCUGGAAACCCCUAGGGGAUAUCCCAUGCUAAGCCAUCCCAUGGAGCCCAGAGACGUGGAGGUACUUGCCACUCCCAUGGAGCCCCCCACACCCUGCUCAGCAUCCCCGCGGGGGAGGGGAGACAGCCUGUUGGACCAACAGGAUGAGGAACAGUGUCGGGACCCGACCCUCCCUCUCUGCAAACCUGAUCCUCAGUUCCCUAAAUGCUCCCCGUACCAUUAUCGGUCUGGGUUCUGGUCUUAACCCGGUCUAGUCUGGAGUCUGGUCUUAACUGCACCAGUCGUGAUUCUGGUCAUAAGUACACCAAUCUGGAAUCUGGUCCUAAUCGCACCCAUCUUGGACCAAACUGCACCAGUCAAGAUUUUGGUCCUAACUACACCAAUCUGGAUUCUGGUCCUAACUACACCAAUCUGGAUUCUGGUCCUAAUCGCACCCAUCUUGGACCAAACAGCACCAGUCAAGAUUUUGGUCCUAACUAUACCAAUCUGGAUUCUGGUCCUAACUACACCAAUCUGGAUUCUGGUCCUAAUCGCACCCAUCUUGGACCAAACAGCACCAGUCAAGAUUUUGGUCCUAACUAUACCAAUCUGGAUUCUGGUCCUAACCGCACCAGUCUGUAUUUUAGUCCUAGAUAUUCCGGUUUGGAUUCUGGUCCUAACUGUAACAGCCUGAAUACUGGUCCUAGUACCAAUAUGGAUUUUGGUUCUAUCCCAAUAUGGUCUGUGUUGGUGUCUUGACAUAGAAUCCUUUCUUUAACACCCAACAUGGUCCUCCCCUAGGACCGUAAAAAGACUACGAGUCUCUAGUGUUGUUCAUGCUGCAACAGAAUGGUCUGUUUCUUUGGUCUAUAUGACUGCUUCUUCUCUCACCCAAAGACAGGUGCCAUAUCUAGACCGGUAAACUAACUGUUGAGGAUCAUAUUUAGGUUCCUGCAUUAUGAUGCAUUCACAUUACACAAGAACACUCUAUGGCAGUAUUAGAACCAUGCUGUGUGAACUGAACGUCUAGAUUUCAAACAGUAUUCUAAAACCCAAAAUUUGGCCCACCUCUAAAUCUUCGGCUCCAUCCGUCUGUCUACAAAGGCUUACUGUGAGUCUCUAUAAAAAGCUGUUGCUAUGGCUGGAGUGCUGCUUGCUGGGAUGAUGGCUUGCAUCCAGUGAAACGCAAAGGCGCUGACUGAUAACUUAACCAAGCUUUUUUCCUUUACUUUGUAUUCAAGACUUCAAGAAUGUGCAUUUUUAACAAGUGCACUUUUGGGAAGCAUCAUGAAUGUAAAUCUUGAGUUUGUUUAUUAUUUCUCCAUUUACUUAUAGAAAUGUAAUAUUCUUGCAAGCUUAAACCUCCACUCCCUGUGUCACUUGAAUAGCUUUGUGUCUCGGUCGCAUCUGAAUGUUUUCUGUCGUAGUAGUGGGCUGCUUCUUGCAUUGCUGCCUCGCUUCCUUACCUCUGUUAGGAUUGAGCACCCUAUCUCUAUGUCCCAUAUGGUGCUCUAUUCCCUUUUAGUACCACAACCCUUUAGACAAAGGCUCUUGUCAAGGGCCCUUGUCUAAAGUAGCACACAGUAGAGAGAAUAAGGUGCCAGAUGGGACUCAACCUCAAUUUCUGUCUUCUUCACCAUGGAACACUCCCAGAAAUAUCCAGAUGAGCAGGAUGUUUGUAAAGGAACACUUCACCACCAACGCUCCCAGCUGCCACAUGGCUUUAGCAAAUUAUACACAGAGAUGUGGUGAACGUUUGACCAGGGUAGAGCUCAGUUUCAUGUCAAUUCAGAAAGUACACAGAAAGGAUUCUGCUUUUUUCAUCAAGGUGACAGUUGACCAGUUACCACGUUUAUCUACGAAGAUAUCAGACCCAAAAUUAUAUUAAAAAAAAAAUUCAUUCUGAUUGGCCUUCUCAUCCUUAAUGUACAACACAUUAAUGGUAUAAAAUGUAAUCUAAGCAUCUUCGGGGAUUAGACUCCUAAGGCUGGAGCAAAAUGUGCUUCCAUUGGAGCAUGAGAAGAGAUUUUAAUUGUGACUUCUUCCAACCCCAACAGAGCUGACAUUUAUCUUCAAUGCUUUUCAACUAAGCCCUGAAAUUAGGAAAUCGGUUCUCUUUCUGAAUGUACUAGAAUGAAAUGUAUUUGGUCCCAACCGAGACCUGUGAAGCCCCGCCCAUACCCGAUGCUAAUGUAGCCACAUUCUGAUCAUGCCGGCAUGUUUUGACAGGUGUGGACAAUUCAAAGAUGCAUUGUGAUCUGACUUUAAAAUCAUAUAAAUGGACAAGAUCGGGACAAAGUAUUUAUAGUAUAAAUGGGGCUUGUAGAAAAUACAGCGUACAUGCCUUGUCUUAGAUCGGUGAGUACAUGGAUUCCCUGAGAAUGUUCACUAGAUUGUCGACAGUAUAGAAAGAUGAGCCUGGCCUGUAACUGGUCUGUAAAACUUGUCUAUCAAACCGGUCCAUUGCCAAUGUUUACUUUUGCUACCGCACCUCCUCUUCAUUGGUCAUUCUUCGAGCCCAGCUUUGGGCGGCAAUGGAGACCGCAAAGAACACGAACACAGGGGAAUGCUACAAAACAAAGAUCAGUCACUGAUCAGCCAAAAUAUUGUUAAAAGCUAUAUGCUUGAAAUGGGCAUGGUCUAAUAACUGACUCAGUAACCAUAAACACAAACUCCAUCUAAAUGUACCUUUCUUUAAUGAAUCAGAAAACUGUUAUAUCGGGGUUAUUUUUUUUAUUAGCUGGCUAAGUAUCUGAACCUGCUUUGUAGAAAACCAUAUGACAUGGCCCUGGUUUAAGUCUAAAGUGUUAACAAAACAUGUAUUACUCUGUAUGUAACUAACAUCUCAUGAGCUGUGGAUGACUGGAGAUUGGACCCAAUGUGUGCAGUUUAUUUCUGUGAAGGACUUCACUACUGAAACAGGCCCUGGUGGCGUUUUUGUAGUUUGAUUUUUUAUUCAUUCAUUUAUAUUUUUUAUUUGUAUUUUGUAAUGUAUUUAUUUGAUUAUUUAUUUAUUUUUGUAUUUAUUUUUGUGUCCGUUUUGCUUUUAAGAAGUGCUAGUUUGAACCUUUUUCCAACUGUUGUGUGUUGCUGUAAGGGGCUUUAUUAAAGGUGUAAUCUGCACUUCAAACAAGGCAUUCCUCAGCUGUUAAAGAUGCAGCUAUGCUACUAUCUAGCAAGAUUAACAAAUGUAAGCGUUAUGAGUAAACAAGAAAGGAGUAUGCAGUAUUGUAAACCGGGUGCUUCGAAUCCUGAAUGCUGAUUGGCAGAUAGCCAUGGUAUGGUACCAUGGCUAUGACAUCACAUGUACUACUCUCAUUGCAUUGGUAACAGGUUUAUAGGAGCAAUAAGGCGUCAUGGGGGUUUGUGGUAUGUUGCCAAUAUACCACGUCUAUGCACUGUGUCCAGGAAAUAUGAGAUGUAUUGUUUCUAUGAACAGCUCUUAGCCAUGGUGUAUUGGACAUAAACUACACCCCCUUGUGGCUCAUUGCUUCAUUUAACCAUGCUGUUGAGAUGCUUACAAAGUUUAAUUAAUACAGACUGGUGGGCUGCGAGUCUUCCAAACUUCUUGUUCGCCAUUGCUUUUUUUCCACACAGCACACAUUUUCUCUAUUUUAAAAGAUGAUUGAUGGCCAACAUACAUUUUGCUCUAUCAGUAUUGGAUCAUUAACUUUGUAACAGUUUAAUGCGUUCUAUCAACUGAGUUUCAUGUAUUCUGUCAGCUGAGUUUCAUGCAUUCUGUCAGCUGAGUUUCAUGCAUUCUGUCAACUGAGUUUCAUGCAUUCUGUCAACUGAGUUUCAUGCAUUCUGUCAGCUGAGGUUAAUGAUUUUAUCAACGGAGUGUCGUGUGUUAUCAGGAUGACUCCAAUGUGAAUUAAUCUAUUGUGAAUUCUGCGUAUAAGAAUGUACAUAAUAAUGAUUGAUUAUUGUGUUCUAUAUGCUAAUGAUGAUCAUUGGGGAUCCCCAAUAAGGAGAGAUGCACAGACUCAGAACAGUGGCUGAUAAGAUGUGCUGAUAUUGGAAUUGAAAGUAAAUUGACCCUAACACUGGUACUGUGUCUACCAGCUGUUCUAUAUAUUUAUUUGACACAUUUGUAUAUGUGUUUAGGCUGUAUUUGCAGAGCAUUCUGGUUACUGUAGUACAUUAUGCUGCUGCAUAGGCAACUGUGCUCUUACCUUUAUGGUCCCCCAAAAAGGAAGUUGAGGGACUUGACUGUUAGCUAAUCAUGUGGUGUCUUAGACAGCACUGUCCCUUUUUUUGACAAAACUUUGGUGAAUGAUUUGUCUUGCCAUAGAGUCUUGCCAUCGAGAUCACAAUUACAACAAUUUUGUUGUUAGAUAGGCGAUAGAAUAAGCCACUGGAAUUUGAUUUAUUUUAAUUAGCUAUCAUAUUGGGGGCUGUUGCCUUGUUGAUUCUGAAACCCAACCAAUAAACACUGAGCAGUGAUGUGGGGGUCAUGUGACACCAGUACUUGAAAUGGGAAUGCUAUGCUAUUGAGUGUUUGAGUUGACACUGUCAUAUUAAAAGAUUCAGAAAACAAGA